AUGCCAUCCCUCAUAACCACUCUUCUCCUGGUCCUCGCCGCCUCCUUUACCCUCGCGGCCCCCACCGCAUCUCCCGCGUCCCCCGCUCUCCUCUCCAAGCGCGCCACCUACCACACGACGAACCGACCGACCGACUACCGCGACGACUACUGCGGCGAAGCGACACCUGUCUUCACCACCCCUUCCAACGCCCCGCUCGUGAGCGACUGCCUCGCCAUCGCGGCCGCCUACCCGGGGUCGGGCUACUGGAUCGUGGCGGCGGGCGAGACGGCCGCGUCGGCCGACAGCCGGUGGGUGACGCUGGCGGCGCACGGCAGCUGCGCGUUCCAGACGCGCUGGGCGUACGACAACGACGCGGCCGGGCGCGCCGCGCCGGAGGACUACCGCUUCGGCACCAACGAUCUGCGCUUCUACGUCACGCAGUACUAUACCCAGCACGCGGACCAGGCUGUGGACGGGAGGUUGCAGGCUGCUGCUGAGGUGCAGUGCUAUACGGGGUCGGAGAUUGCGUUUGUUGAGUGGAGGGUGGCGAGUGCGAGCUCCUAG